AUGUCAGCAGGUACCGAGGAGACGCGGGCGCUUCCUGUGAACGAGGAGGAGAUCCAGGAUGGGUCGCAGGCGUCUGACUCGAGCAAGCUCAAGACGCUUCUCACAAUUCUCAAGCGAACGGUCGGCGUAAAGGAUUUGGCGUCGCUCCGCCUCUCGCUGCCGGCGCAUUUGCUCGAACCGAUGCCGAAUCUCGAGUAUUGGAACUACCAGGAUCGCGCCGACUUUUUUGUGAGCAUUGGCGACUACGAGGACCCCCUCGACCGCAUGCUCGCGACGGUGCGCUACUCGGUGACGAAGGAGCUCAAAUUUGUGUACGGACGCGUGUGUAAGCCAUACAACUCGAUCCUGGGCGAGCAUUUCCGCUGCCACUGGGACGUGGCGCCGCUCACGGUCAACGCGCAGGGCGAGCACCGCCCGAGCGAGGCGCUGAAUACGCAGCAGCCGCUUGCGCUCAAGCUUCCUGGCCAGGGCGCGGCGCCGUCGAGCGGCCGCCGGCGGGUAAUCUACCUCACGGAGCAGGUGUCGCACCACCCUCCGAUUUCGUCGUACUACUACGACUGCCCCGAGGCCGGCCUCUCGAUGGUCGGCGUCGACCAGGUGAGCGCCAAGUUUACCGGCACCGCCGUCCGCAUCUACCCUGGCGAGUUUAACCAGGGCAUGUUUAUCACGCUCGGCCCCAACGUGCGUGCGCAGAACGCGGUGGGCGAAGAGUACCGCAUCACGCACCCCGCGGGCGCCAUCUUUGGCCUGUUCCGCGGCAGCUUCUGGCCGGCAGUGACGGACACGGCGACGAUUACAUGCACGCCGCCGCGCGGCAGCCAGACGUACCUGCGUGCGAUCAUCGAAUACAAGGAGGAGAGCUGGCUGUCCAAGCCCAAGUAUGCCGUCGAAGGGUGUAUCUACACCUACGAGCCGGGGCAGCCCUCGGCGUCGUACUCGGCGCUAAAGGAAGUUCCCUCGAAAAACGUCGUCGUCCAGCUGCAAGGCACCUGGCGCGGCGUCAUUACGUGGAAGCGCAAGGGCGAAAAGACGGCGCAUCCGCUCGUGAACCUCGCGGAUCUGCAGCCAUGUCCCCGGGACGUGCGUCCGAUCGACGCACAGGAUGCGUGGGAGUCGCGGCGCAUUUGGAAAGACGUCACAGACGCCAUCGUCGGGCAGCAGUACUCGCGCGCGACGCAGCUCAAGCAGCAGGUCGAGCAGCGCCAGCGCGAACUCGCUGCAGAGCGCAAAAAGACCGGCGCCGAGUUCGUGCCGCAGUUCUUUGAGCGCGACGUUGCGUCCGGCCGCCCACGGCUCACCAACGCAGGCCGCGCGGCAGUGGAAGAGGAGCGCCGCCGGCCGGCCGGCGCCGCCGGCGCCGCACGCCCUGCGCCCGCCAGGGACGAGGACAACUUUGAGGACGCCCCUUCGUUUUAG